AUGGCAAAGUUUCGAAGAAGGACUUGCAUCAUUUUGUCACUUUUUAUUUUAUUUAUUUUCUCCCUGAUGAUGGGUUUAAAAAUGCUGAGACCAAAUAAAGCUACUUUCGGAGAUCCUUUUGGACUUGAACUUCUUCCAGUACUUCAUCAACAAACUCGCUUAGGGAAAAGCUUUGAUUCCCAAAACAGUGACAAAAUCAACAGUGAAACAAAUAACAAGAAUUUAAAAAGUGUUGAAAUCACUAUGAAGCCUUCCAAAGCCUCUGAACCUUACCUGGAAGAGCUGCAACCUCUGAAUUAUUAUUUACAUGUAUUUUAUUACAGUUGGUAUGGAAAUCCACAAUUUGAUGGUAAAUAUAUACAUUGGAACCAUCCAAUCCUGAAGCAUUGGGACCCUAGACUAACCAAGAAUUAUCCACAAGGGAAACACAGUCCCCCGGAUGACAUUGGCUCCAGCUUUUACCCUGAGUUGGGAAUUUACAGCUCUCGGGAUCCUUCUGUCAUUGAAACUCACAUGAAACAAAUGUACUCAGCUUCAAUUGGUGUACUAGCCCUAUCUUGGUACCCACCUGGUACAAAUGAUGAGAAUGGAGAAAAUACUGAUGACUUGGUACCGACUAUUUUGGAUAAAGCUCAUAAAUAUAAUCUGAAGGUCACUUUUCACAUCGAACCAUAUAGCAAUCGAGAUGAUCAAAACAUGUACAAAAAUGUCAAAUAUAUUAUAGACAAAUAUGGAAAUCAUCCGGCCUUUUAUAGGUACAAGACUAAGACCGGCACUGCUCUUCCUAUGUUUUAUAUCUAUGAUUCCUAUAUCACAAAACCUGAAAAAUGGGCCAAUUUGUUAACCACCACAGGGUCUCAGAGCGUCCGCAAUUCUCCUUAUGAUGCACUGUUUAUUGCACUUCUAGUAGAAAGCAAACAUAGAUAUGAUAUUCUACAAGCUGGUUUUGAUGGAAUUUACACAUAUUUUGCCACAAAUGGCUUUACUUAUGGCUCAUCAUAUGAGAAUUGGGCAAGGAUAAAAUUUUUUUGUGACCAGUUCAACCUACUGUUUAUCCCAAGUGUGGGCCCAGGAUAUAUAGAUACCAGCAUCCGCCCAUGGAAUGCUCAAAACACUCGAAACCGAAUCAGCGGGAAGUACUAUGAAACUGCUCUGGGUGCUGCACUCCAUGCCCACCCCAGUGUGAUUUCUAUCACCUCUUUCAAUGAGUGGCAUGAAGGAACUCAGAUUGAAAAAGCUAUUCCCAAAAGAACCAGUAGUACAGUGUACCUGGAUUACCGGCCUCAUAAACCAAGUCUUUAUCUAGAACUAACUCGCAGGUGGUCUGAAAAAUACAGUAAGGAAAGAGCAACUUACGCAUUAGAUCAGAAGCUGCCUGUUUCUUAAUGCAUUAAUGAUUAUAGAAAUCACCUAAUUUUAGUAAGUACCUUUUAAGUAUAUACCAGUUGGUAGUUAUCCCCAUAAUAAAAAGAAUUUGUAUUUUUUUAAAAAAUGGUAAUAUCAUCAUUGCCACCCUUCACAAUGCUGCACUGGAAAAAAUAUCAGAUUAUGCAAAUUACAUUCCCUGUGGCAUAAUAUGCUGAAUUUCUGACUGAAAUUCUACUUUGCUACUAAUUUUUAUUUCACCCAAAAAUGUUUGUGUUACUUAAAUCCUUCUUGUAUUCUGGGCUCAAAGAAAUAGAUUGUGUAAUUAAAUAUGUCUAAUGAAGAAAAUAACACCUAGAAGAUAGUGUACAUGUUUCAUUUAGAUUUUUUUCCAAUAAUUCAGUCAUCCAGAGUCUGUUCACUAAUAAAGUCUCCAAUAAAAAUUCUUAAGGAAAAUGAAAUCGUAACUUAAGCCUUACUGUGAAUCACAUUGUGUUAGGAAGGCCUGCUUUCUACAGCACAAUAUGCAUCAUCCUUUGAGGAUUUUUUUGAUUACUUAUAGCAUGCUAGGUGUUUUGCAUGUCUAAUGUAUCUGCUUUACAGUGCUGAAUUCCAGAUACUAGAAGCUGUGGAAAGUUCUUUCAUGCUUCUCUAUUAAAAAAACAUAGUUGGUUCACAAUUAAUGCCCAAAAUAUCAGUUUUUGGAUAACCUGUCAAUUUUUAACUUGUUAAUCAGAGACCAACUGUUAGUAUCAACCUUUUUCUUCCGUACCUAUCAUUGGAUUUCCUUAAUAUUUUAAGCUAUUUUUACCAAAAUAAAUAGAGAAAAUUUACUUAGCAUUUUAGGAACAUGGAAACGAAAAUUCUUUUAUAUCUUAAACUUACAAGUCAAACUUCAGGAAUGAAUUUAACACAAUGAUGGCAAUAAUCUCGUUUAAAAGGCAAUAUAUCCCCAUGUAAAAACAUUAUACUUUCAUGGUAUCUAUCAGAUUCAAUACUUGUGAUCAGUUGUCAUAUUGUGACAAAUUAAUCCACCUCUAUGCUAAAAAUAAAUCUCUUUAAUAGAGUAUAUGUUAUCCUUCAGUUCUUAUAGUUAACUAGAACUAUAAAAUAUAUAUAUGCUAUUACAAGAGUUAUUUCUUAAAUAUUUAAUUUACUAAAGAGAAGCAAUAUUAAACAAUAAUACAUAUAAAUCUUCAGGUCUAGAAAUAAAGCAACCGUAGAAUUUAUCAUAACAUAGCCCAUCAGGUGAUGAAAUUUAUUUUAGCCAGUGAUUUUGAAGUAAAAAUCUUUUCUUUGAAAAGAGGCAUGAUUAUUAUAACUUAAGAAUUUGCCAUUUCUCAGAGAAUGAUCAGGCCUUGAGAAAUUAGAACAAUAGUAGUAAACUACUUUCUAGAUGAAGUUAUGAGACUAAAUCACUAUAAUGAUAUAACCAAGCCUCUCCAUAGGAACAUUCAUACAGAUAUAACCUGUGGAUUUUUUUUUUCUUAUAUCCAUUUGGCCACUCUAUGUUAUCAUAGGCAUGACACAUUUAGAGUUUAUUCCUAAUAAUCACUUUUACCGUAUUUUAUUAAAUUUAGAGAAAUUACUACUACAGAGGAGUUCUUAUAAUUGCUUAUACUGUAUAUUUGAACCUACCGUGACAGAAAAUUUUAUGAAAUAGUUCUGAGAUUAAGAGAAUAAAAACGAGGUCAACAAAUACUCAAUGCGAAUACUACCACUUUCUAUCUUGCUCCCACUGCAGACAUAGAUAAUCUACUACAGCACUCUUUACCUCUGAAUUUUGUUGUGGUUCCUAACACAUUACUCCAACCAGCCAGUAAUGAUCAGAUUUCAAAGUAAGAUAAAACAAAUUUGUUCUCAAGGGAAGAAUGUUUGUUUGGAAUCUGAACUCAUAAUGGUUUAAGAAUUUAUAAUUAUAUGAAAAUCUGUGUCUUUUUGCCUGUUUUAAAAACUAGGAGGAAUUAUCUCUAAUUUCAUAAAUCUUCCUCAGGUAUUCAUUACAGCUGCCUUUAUCAUUUGACUUUUUAGAUCAUUAUCACAAGUAAAAGCAAAGAACUGAUUGCCUAAUUUAAACUAUCUAGGUGUGAAUUCAAUAAGCUAAAAUAACUGUUAGUGUAGUAUAUGCAAUGCAUGAAUCACAAUUCUUUUAUGGUUUAAUCAGUCUGUUUUGACUGUAUAGAAAACAAUCUGUUUUAUUGUUCCUCUUAAGGACUAAUAUUGUCAGAAACUGCUGUUAUUAAUGUUUAAGUUGUACGUUAACUAUUUUCUGUUUUAAAAGUAAAAGACUAUUUUGUUAUAUGGAGUAAUUAACUUUCAUUUAAUAAAAGCAUACAUGAAAUAGUGUAUCUUAGGUAUAAAAAUGUGUCCCUUUCUAUUUAUGAAAUAUUUGAGAUAUGUAGCACUUACAAAGUCUGUAUCUUUAACUGUA